UAUCGUCAAAAGAUAUCUUGGCGUAAAAUAUUAGAUAGACUGAAUGAAUUUAUCGAUAAAUUUCGAACUGUUAAUGAGUAUGAUAUUGAUAAGCUGAAUAGUAAUACUGAUAAAAAAAAAGAGCCACAAUUAAAUGGUAAUCAAAGUAAAAAUAAUAAAUUAGCUCAGUCGUUAGAGAAAAUUACGAUACAAGAAAGAAUCGCUAGAGAUUAUCAACGUGAGCUGCAAAAAUUAUGCGAACGUAGUUUUUGUCAAAUAAAAAUGCAGGAUCCAUGUGAAAUUUGUUGCUGUGCCCCGUGUAUCAAACAAGAAGAGGAUGCAUGCGAUGGUGUGCCUCGUAUUAAACGGCCUCCGAAAUGUCAAUGUGGCCGGGCGAUGAUCAAAGAAAAAGAAUGCUGCGAUGCAUGUGAAAAUUCACUUAAAAGAAUUUGAAUUUCUUAUCAUUAAAUCUUAAAAUAAAUGAAUCGGAAAAUUUGUUUGUACAACGAAAGGUCAUAAACCUUCGCUCCGACUUUGGCCUUGGCCUUAAGCUCAUUUGUAAAUAAUAAUCACAAUUAUUAUUUUAAUUAAUCCCUACCGCUCUCAAAUAUUUAUUUACUGUAGUUUGGAAUAAUUUACAGAUAAUUAGUCAUUAGUAAUUACAGAUGGUUGUUGAUAAAGUGGGGGGAUAAAAUACAUCGGGUGGUAUAAAUUCAAGUAGUCGACGUCUUGGUUUCUCGGGACCAUAACUGUUGUGAUUACCGUUGUGUCGAUUACUCUGAUCGUAAUUAACGGAACUUCAAAAGUUUUCUCUGAGCGCAGUACGAGUUAAUCUGAGGUCAUUCACAUUAUGAAUCCCAGAAUUAUUGUACUGAGUUUUAUUUUUAUUUCAAUCCAAUGUUCAAAUUCGCUGAGAAUAAAUUUAUCGAACGAUGACAAACGUCAUGCGAUUCGUGCGGUAUCGAAUAGUAUUAAUCAAUUUUCAUCCGAGUUUUAUGAGGCGCUAUCAAAUGAAGUAGGAGAUAACUUUAUUUGUUCACCAUUGAGUGCUGCAAUGGUACUUAUGAUGGCUUCUUAUGGUGCUCGUGGUAAAACUGCUGAUGAAAUGACAGCAGUUUUGCACUUUGACAACGAGAAUAUUGUUCAGAAAAAUGGCAUUAAUUAUUUGAUUGAUAAUUUUAACGCGAUCAAAAAAUCUCAGGUGAAGUUGGCUAAUAAAAUUUUUGUGACCCAAGGAAUGGCAAUAAAGCCUGAGUUUAGAAAUGUAACUGAAUCGACAUUCAGGUCUGCUGCUGAAAGCUUGGAUUUCAUGAAAGCUGAUGCUGCGAGUCAGACCAUAAAUAGCUGGUGCGAGGAGCAGACUAAUUUUCGUAUAAAAGAUGUUGUUCAAUCUGGUGAUCUUAGUGCAGACACUGCGCUUGUCCUCGUGAACGCCGUUUACUUCAAAGGCAAAUGGGCUGAUAAAUUUGUGGUAAAUGACACGCAACCAAGGACUUUUAAUCUUGAUGAUGAAAGAACUAAAACAGUGCCAAUGAUGCAUAGACUGGGAAACUAUCGCUACGGUCUACUUCCUGAUUUGAAUGCGAGAUUCAUUGAAAUACCAUACGAGAGUACCGACGAAAAUGAUUCCCUCAGUAUGAUUAUAAUCCUUCCGAAUGAAGUAACCGGACUAAGAAACAUCGAAGAAGGUAUCAAUAAAAUAAAAUUCGAAAGAUUGUUGUCCGGCGAACAGUACGAAAUAGAUUUGUUUAUACCAAAAUUUAAAAUUGAGAGCAAAAUAGACCUCAAAAAUUCACUUAACAAAUUGGGAAUGAAAAAAAUGUUCGAAGACAGCGCUAAUUUCACGGGGAUAAUAGAUUCUCCGGCGUUGAAGGUCAGCAAAAUUGUUCAAAAAGCUUUCAUUGAAGUUAAUGAAGAAGGCAGUGAAGCUGCAGCUGCCACUGUGUUUGAUCUUCAAAAUAGACUUGGGUUCAGUGAAAACUCAUUAAAGAGAGCGCACUUUCAUGUAGACAGACCAUUUGUCCUGCAAAUCGUCAGCGAACACACAGUAAUUUUUAGUGGGCAUAUAAAAGACAUAGAUAUCGAUAAUUUAAAUCAACCUGUGAAAAAUAAUUAGAAUGUACUUAGUAUUUAAUGGUAAAUAAUUAAUAAUUAUUAAAAAUAAUAGUAACAAUA